AUGCUUUCUACGGAGACAAGUUGUUGGUUCAUCCGUAAGGUAAUUUGCUGGAGAGCUACAGCCAGCAUCGCUUGGUCUGUUCUACUGUUGCCACCCACCACUGCAGUUUUUGUGUUACUCAGCAGGUUCACUCUUUUUCACCCAUUCCAGACGAUAUCAGAAUGUUUGUCUUUGCUGCUGAGUGCCAGUUCAAUUUUCUCCCUCAUACUCUUUGGUGGAGUGAUCAUCAUGGUUGGUUUUCUGGCCUUGAAGUAUUACACAGUCAUCCCAACUAUUGCCUGCUCAAAAAUUGCAUUGUUGGGUCAGCUGCUCCACCCUCGCCAGUUUAUUAACUCCCUGGCUCACUGCCUCAUGGGUAUAAUUGUUGGCUGGUGUUGUGCCGUCACCAUAGGUUACAGAUAUGAGAUGCUUGGCUACCCAUGCAAAAAUAGUGAUGGUUAUCCUCAGAUGUGUGUGAAUGAGUACCAUCUCAUGAUUUUACUGGUGGGAGCCUUUGUUGGAUUGUCUCAUAGUCUGCUGGGAGUUAUCAACAACAUCAACUACAUCUCCUUUCCAACUGUCCAGCAAUACAAAUACUUUCGCUUCAAAGGAUCCCUGCCAUUGGUGGUGAUGUGCAGCGCCACUCAAGCAUUUUACUCUGUCAGGAACUACAUUGUAAUGUAUUUCUUUCUAGGAUACAUUCCAAGAACAUGGAUCUGCAAAACUCUGAAUCUACAAUUGGACAGCUCUAUCCACCCCCUCGACAGCAUUGCAGGACUGCUGGACCUCUCUCUACUCUACCACCUCUGGAUCAGUGCCACCUUCCUCCUCUUCACGUGGUACAUCACACUGCUGCUCUUUAGGAUCUUUGUCAUUGAGGGGUACAGUUUUCCUGUGCAGUCGACUUUUAUAGAAAAUUCCCACCAGUGUCUUCCCAAAGUUCUUACUGACAAGCAGCCACUGAUUUUAAAGUUUCUAGCUCUGCAGGACUUGGCUGUUCUGUCCCAGCACUCUCCUUCACGACGCAGUGAAGUCUUCAGUCUCAGUCAGCCAGGUGGGCAUCCUCAUAAUUGGAACGCAAUAAGUAAAGAGUGUCUGGCUCUUCUGGCUGAUCUGACUCAAAGACUCGUGGCCUAUCAUAAAACCGUAGCGACGAACGGCCGGGCCAAAUCACUGUCGAAUGGCAGUGAAAGGAAAACCUCAUCUGAGACAUCAAGAACAGAAGACUUGAUGAGUCCGAGGUCCACUUUUCCAAUGAAAACCCCAACUUCAGUCUUUGCCCGUUCCGUUAGAGGACUCUCUCAGAGCCCUCAGACGGUACCCUUCACCCCUGACCUGGACAGUCCUUUUGCUUCCCCCACCCUGCGACAUCUCGCCGCUCCAGUGGAACAAGGCUCACCGUGGCACGGAGCAGUACAGAGUCCACUUAUCAUGAGAAGAGCACCAAAACUCUGGUCCACGUCCACAGAUUCUCAGUUUAAUGGCAGCCCCCUGCCUUCCCCAGCCUCCAUUCCCAGUCCCCAGCAGGCGGCCGCCAAACCCAGUUUUCUUGCUCAGUUUCUCCAGAACAGAAAAGAACAGGUUAAAAGUUUCUUGGCAAAGCGAGUGCUGAUAAUGUAUUUGUUUAACAAGCUUCCAGAAGCCUCCAGUCAGGCUCUCUUUGCUGACAGUCAGGCACACAUCUGGGCGUUGGAAGCGCUGUCUUACCUCGUUCAAGCCUCAUUCACAGAAGACCAGUUUGGGGUGGUUCAAACUACAUUACCCAGCAUUCUUGGCGCCAUGCUGCUUUUGCAAGAGUCCUCUCCCCCGGAGACUCGGAGCCAGGCGUCAUCUUCCCUGAUCCGAGCUCCGCUGGUCAUCGUGGAAGAUCCUCUGUGGUGCCGACUCGGGGUUCGGGCUCCGGAUCCCGGCCUUGCGUGCUUCGAGCUCCGCUGGUCAACGCGAAGGCUCGUACGAGCUGGUGACUCGCAGAAGGCUGUUGCCCAGACCCUGGCCUCGCGUAAUCAUGAAGGCCGAACCCCGAUCCUGGCAGACAGGCGGACCGGGACGGGUCUGGGACGGAUGAUGGAAGCGAUUUUUAAAUAA